UCAUGUCAUUAAAAUGUGGGAAAAAUUGAAUUCAUAUAUCUUGGAGCAGAUUUUUUGCUAUUUGGACAGUUAUGAGCUGUUUGUAGUUAUUCCAAAAGUUUGUUAUUCCUGGAAAAAUAAUCUGAAACUUUGCGUUUUACCCAGAGCCUUGAUGCUUGGCAUUGAGUCCACGGAUUCUUCUGGUGAUAGGAAACUGACGGAUGAAUGUCUGCACAAAAUUCUCAUUGAAUUUGAUUUAUCUGAAAUUGUCUAUCUCGAUUUAUCGUAUCAAUUAAGCCUAAAAGACAGAUCCAUUUUGAAUUUUUCGAAUUAUUGUCAGAAUCUUAAAUCGGUUAAUUUGAUGGGAUGUUCAAGCUUGAAUGAUGUAAGCUUGAAAUAUCUGUCGUCUGUUCCCAAUAUACAAUCUAUCACUUUGGGUUUGUCAGAAUUGACUGGAAGCUCGCUUCAUUUUCUUUCUCGAUUACCGAAUCUGGAACAUCUUCACUUAGAAAAGCUGUUUCGUCUGAGACAAGACUUUCUGGAGAAUUUCAUGACCGGCUACCCUUCACUUAAGGUGUUGAUCAUUCGUCAGUGUAAACUGAUAACGCAUGACUUUUUUCUUUUCCUCGUGGCGGAAACUGACAUGCCUGUUCUAGAGGAAUUAGUUCUCGACGGACUGAUAGAGAACAAGGAUAGCGUGAGGGCUGUUCCCGAUCUGACUGCCGAGCAGGAGGCACUUCGCUAUCUCAGCUUGAGACGACUGGGCCUGUUUAAUCUAACAUGGCUAAAUGAUCUAUACCUGACAGCCUUUCUGAGGAACUGCAACUUGAGUCGACUCUCUCAUUUCCAGCUGAUACGGUGCAACCCGUUGAUGCUGUGGGCAGUUCAAAUGCUUUUGUCUGCUCCAAAUGUUCUAGCAUUCGUCAUUGAAGGCAAUCAGGUCAUAUCGGAUCGGGAUCUCCUAGAUGCCAUGUUCAGUAAUAGAGGCGGCAUAUUCAGAAACUGCUGUAACAUCUCAGACCAGAUCCAGCGGCAGAUGGCAAGAUCUAAUCCGAAUAUCAAAUUCGAAAAUCGUCCAGUUCUUGCAAUCGCUUAUCACCCCGAGUUGUAAAAAUUGAAAAACUAUGAACUAAUAUUCUAAUGUGAUUUGCCUUGUAGUGCUCUUUAGCAAUCUUCUAAUUUAGAUUAUUUCAGACCAGGUGCGGAUCUAGGAUUUUCUCGGGGGCGGAUUUUCAAAAAAUUUUAUCGAAUUUUUUUUUAGGUUGGCAAAAUUGAUUUUCCGAGUCUUUCCCAAAGCAGUAACUAGGCCGUUUUGGCCAAAUUUUUUGCGCCGCAAUCAAAAUUUUGAAGGAAAAAGC